AUGAACAGAAGCGAUAAACGUAAUCAGCAGCCUUCAUAUAUUGCUGAUCAUUUCAACAGCUUGGAUCAGGUGAUAACAUCUCUGAGAGAAGCUGGACUUGAAUCUUCAAAUUUGAUUUUAGGAAUUGACUUCACCAAGAGCAAUGAGUGGACAGGAAGAUAUUCAUUCAAUAGGAAAAGUCUUCACGCCAUUGGUAAAAGACAGAAUCCAUAUGAGCAAGCUAUAUCGAUCAUUGGACGCACAUUGUCUCCCUUUGAUGAAGAUGAUCUUAUACCUUGUUUCGGUUUUGGCGAUGUAACAACACGUGAUCAAUAUGUAUUCAGCUUUUAUCCCGAGAACAAAAGCUGCAACGGAUUAGAAAACGCUGUCAAAAGAUACAGAGAGAUUGUUCCACAUUUGAAGUUGUCAGGUCCUACAUCUUUUGCACCGGUGAUUGAUGCAGCAAUCGACAUAGUGGAGCAGAACAAUAUGCAAUACCAUGUUCUUGUCAUAAUAGCAGAUGGUCAGGUCACAAGGAAUCCAGAUGUGCCAUUUGGUCGGCUUAGUCCUCAGGAAGAAGCUACUAUGAACUCCAUAAUGGCAGCUAGCCAUUACCCAUUGUCGAUCGUCUUGGUUGGAGUAGGAGAUGGACCAUGGGACACAAUGAAACAGUUUGAUGACAAUAUCCCUCACCGAGAAUUCGAUAACUUCCAGUUUGUGAACUUCACAGAUAUAAUGUCAGAGCACAAAGAUGCAGCUAAGAAAGAGGCUGCUUUUGCACUCGCAGCUCUCAUGGAGAUUCCUUUUCAAUACAAGGCUACAUUAAGUCUCAAAAAACAAGUGCGCGGUUCCCGUUUGCAUCACAAGCCGCUCCCACCACCACCGGAGGUCAUAGAGCGUGACAAUGCUGUUAAAUCAGUGCCAAAUCCAAUAACAGAAUCUGCAGAGAAAAGUGAAAGAACGGCUGCACCGGUAUGCCCAAUUUGCUUGACGAAUCCAAAGGACAUGGCUUUUAGCUGCGGUCACACGACGUGCAAGGAUUGCGGCGUUGUUGUCACGACAUGCCCACUGUGCAGACAACCUAUAACAACGAGGAUAAGGCUCUAUACCUGA